AUGUCUAGUUAAAGCGAGGAGAGCGAUGUAUAGGAUGAUAUCAUCCAUGAUUACACUAGUAAUUACACUAGUGAUAAGUCAAGUCAACAGCCUUAUUAGGAAUCACAUGAUGAUGUUUAUGAGAAAGUGCAAGAUGAUGAAGUAAAUUAUGUUCGUAAGUCAGAAGAAAAUGAUUCACAUUAGCGUUAGGAAUCUCCUUCAAGUAAGUAGAUUUCUUAAGCAAACCCACCUAAAACUGCGGAAGACGAGGAAACUGUUAAAUCCUGCAUGGAGUAGGCAUCCAGAAUAAAUGAAAAAAUAAUGAACUAAAGGAAGUAACUCAAGGAUCAAUUCAAAGAGUUUUAGAACACUAUGAAUGCUGCAAGAAGUAACUUAAAAGAUUUUGAUAUGCCAUAUCAAACUGCGCACUUUCCCUUAUACUUAAAGACCUAAGAAAAAUUUGUGAUUUUGCCAGCACAAAAUCUCAAUAUCAGGAAAGGGACAUUGGAAUCAUUUAUCAAGACGAAUUUGGAAAAUGAAAACUCUGUGAAGAAAGCAGAACAGGACAAAAGAGUGGCAUUUAAAUAACGAAGACCGUACUAGAAAAGAAAAUUCGACUCUUGA